AUGUCUCAAUCAGACGAGAAGGGCGCCGGCCCCAACAUUCACGAUAGUGGUGGUGAAAACAUUCAAAUCUCUACUACGCAAGCUCCCAAGAAAAAAUGGUGGAAUAUCGGUGGUCCAGAUAUCAGCUUUGCCGCCGUGGACCCAGCCCCAGCAUCGAACUCGUCUUCCACGUCGAUUAAAGAUGAUAUCGAGACUAGCGGCGCGCAGACUGUUCAAGGGAGUGUGUUCGAUGAUUCCAAGGCUGCGGAGCUUUACCAACCUGUUGAAAAGUAUGAAGGCCGUCACAGAUUUGAUCCAAGCGCUACUUGGACCGAAGAAGAGGAGCGAAAGCUCAUUCGGUCGCUUGACUGGAGGAUUUGUCUACCGGCAUGCAUCAUGUUCUUUGCGUUGCAACUGGACCGAGGCAAUCUCUCUCAGGCUUUGUCGGACAAUAUGUUGAAGGACCUGAAAAUGAAUACCAAUGAUUACAACAACGGAAUGUCGAUUUUCUACUGUUCGUUUCUCUUUGCUGAACUUCCGUCUCAGCUGGUCAGCAAAAAAAUUGGCCCAGACAAUUGGAUACCAAUUCAGAUGUGUUUAUGGAGUGUUGUUGCCAUUUGCCAAGUGAAAAUUACAGGCCGUACAAGUUUCUACAUAACUCGAUUUCUACUUGGACUCUGCGAAGGUGGAUUUAUACCUGAUGUGGUUCUAUAUCUAAGCUAUUUCUAUAAAAACAAGGAAUUACCCGUCCGCCUUGCAUUUUUCUGGACUUCUUACGUAUCCACGAACAUCAUUUCAGCAUUUUUAGCCUAUGGGAUUCUUCAUCUUCGUGGUCAUGGUGGUAUGGCGGGGUGGCGUUGGCUUUUUGCAAUCGAAGGCGGGCUUACCGCUCUCAUUGGAGUUCUUUCAUGGUUCUAUCUUCCUCCUUCGCCUACACAAACCAAGGCCGCGGGAUUGAAAGGCUGGUUUCGGGGGAAGAAAGGCUGGUUUACGGAUCAUCAGGAGGUCAUUAUGGUUACCCGGAUCUUGCGUGAUGAUCCUGGAAAAGCUACUAUGCAUAAUAGACAAGCAAUAACGCCAAAGUUGUUAUGGGAAAGUCUAAUUGAUUUUGACAUGUGGCCGAUUUACCUGAUUGGGCUGACCUGGACUGUUCCAAUGACACCACCAAUGAACUACCUCACUCUCACCCUGAAGUCCCUUGGAUUUUCAACUUUCAACACAAAUCUUCUAGUCAUCCCUUCGAGUGUCCUGUUCAUGAUCCAGCUACUUUUCUGGACUUGGCUUUCAGAGAAGCUCAAUCAAAGAUUCCUCAUCGGACUCGUCAGCCAGAUCUGGGUCAUUCCAUUACUCAUCGCUCUGGAAGUUCUGCCUGCACACGUUCCCCAUGCACAAUGGGUUCGCUACGCAAUUUCAUCCUUAAUUGUUGGGUAUCCUUACGUCCACGCUAUACUAGUUGCGAUAACCAGUAGGAACGCCGGGACUGUACGCACUAGAACAGUCGGGUCCUCGUUAUACAACAUGGCCGUGCAAACAAGCAACAUCAUAUCAACACAGAUUUACCGCGACAAAGACAAGCCUCUGUACCGCACAGGCAACAAAGUCCUCCUCGGAAUCGCCGCAUGGAAUUUCUGCCUCUUCAUCGGUGCGAAAGUGUACUACUUCUGGAAGAACAAGAAGCGGGACCAGAUCUGGGAUACAAUGGACCGCGACCAAAAGCUGCAUUACCUCGAGACUACUAAAGACAAGGGGAAUAAACGACUUGAUUUCCGUUUUGCUCACUAG